UAAUUCCUCUCACAUGUACCACCACCAUCCCAAAAACAACAAACAAACACAAAGAUUAGGGUUUGUGGCCUCACCUUCCACUCAUCCCAUCCCAUCCCUAAAGCAAACCCAAUUUUUUUUUUUUCCACCCGUGCCCAUCACCCCAAAAUCCCAAAUCUCAAAUCCCAAUCUUUUCCAGGGACUAAAAAGCAAAAAAUUCCAGAAAAAAAUGGUGUCCUUCUCUUCUCAUCUUCCUUAUUUUUUUCACCUCUUUCAACCCCUCUAAAUUUUUAAAAUCACAAAUACCCCCCUGGUUCCUCGGAUGCGCGACGUCUCCGCGCGGGGCCGCGCGCUGCCUCGGCGCUGAGCUCCCCCGGCCGCCGCCAUGGCCGGCCGGACCCUACCGUCGCUCCGGCAACCUAUCCUCGUCGUUAUCGGUAAGCUCCAAACCCUUGGUUUCUGCUCCGAUCUCAACCCUAGCCAUGUCGACCCAUCCCAUCUCGACCUUGGCCUUCUCUUCGAUCGGAUCCUCUCCAUCUUUUUGGGAGAGAUCCACUCCGUUCAUGGGAUCCGACCCUUGCCGGUCAUGCUCGGCGACGGCCGCACGGUGGAGCUCUUCGCGCUCUACAGUGCUGUCACCGCGAAGGGUGGGUAUGGCUCCGUGACAGCUCGCCGGUGUUGGGGCGCCGUCGCGGAGGAGAUUGGGAUGGAAUCCUCAGUCGCGUCGUCACUGAGAUUGGUUUAUGCUAAGUAUUUGGAUGCGAUGGGGAGGUGGUUAACGAAAGUCUUGAAUGAGAGCUCUGCCAGAGAACAGAAAGAGCUGAUGAUAGGGUUGGAGAAGGAGGUUAAUGGUUUGUUCCUUGAGGUUUCUGAUGAGAAGAGUAAGAAGAAGGAGUGUGAAUCCACGCCGGGCUCUGGUUCAAAGAGGGACCAGUUCUUGACGCCAGUGAGAGGGUCUGGCCGGAAAUUGGAGUUUGAGGAUUCUCUGAGGAAAAAAGGAUGUGAUGAUGAUGAUGAUAAGGAUAAGGAUACUAAGGAUGAUGUAAAUGCAGUGGUGUCGGCGAAGAAGGAGGCUAAAACGGCAACUGGAAGGUCGUCCUCUCUGAAGAGGAAGAGGGAGAGGGAGGACAUGGAAGGCAUGUUGAAUUGGGUGAGAAGUUUAGCUAAGAAACCCCAUAAGAUAUCCAAUGGAAGGACACUUUCUACUGGUGGUAAAAGCAAUGCAUUUUCUCUUGGUGAGUUCUUCAACCAGGCACUUCAUGUCAGGCAAUUGAUGUUUCUCAAGAUUCCUCAGAAUGCUUUGAGUGCUAGCCACUUGCAGAAAGGGGAGAAGGUUCACCCAUCCAUUUACGAAGAUCAUACUGAUGCUAAUCCCCAGAGUAAUGAGCAAAAAAGAUGUAGCCAGCGGUUGCGCUCCCUUGAGAAGCAUCAUAAUUCUGGUUCUUAUUCUGAACCAUGUGUAGUUCAUGAUGAUGAUAAGGAGAAAGUUUCGGUGGCUUCUGAACAGAGAAAUUCUAGUGUAUCAUCUGAUGGCCCUGAGCUGUUUUCUACAGAUCCAGGACUGUCAGUCCCUAUAGGUUCAUCCUCUCAAGCUUCAUUGCCACAUUUGUCUGAAAGAUCUCCUUCAACUGCUAGUGAUGCUGAUGAACUGAAAUGGUUGGGCACAAGAAUUUGGCCUCCUGAAAAGAAAGAGAAAAGACAGUCAUACCAAAAAUGCCCAAUUGGAAAAGGAAGAGAAGAAACCUGUCAUUGUGACUGUCCAGGUUCUGUAAUGUGUGUCAGAUUUCAUGUGGCAGAGAAAAGGCUCAAAAUGAAGCGUGAGCUUGGUGCAGCUUUCCAUGCUUGGAGAUUUAAUCAAAUGGGGGAGGAAGUUUCCCUAACAUGGACUGAAGAAGACGAGAGGCAAUUUAAAUCUAUAGCCAGAUUUGAUCCAUCACUGCCAGACAAGUGUUUUUGGGAUCAGCUUUACUCGAGUUUUCCUUUUAAGAAAAGGCACGAUCUGGUGAGCUAUUAUUUUAAUGUAUUCAUUCUAAGGCGCAGGAGUUACCAGAACCGAAUGACACCAAAUGAUAUUGACAGUGAUGAUGAUGAGGAAGAGUUUGGUUUCCUAAGUAAAUUCUUAGGCCAAGAAUUAGUUAAGGCUGUGGAACCCAAGUCGACUUUCUGUGCCCUGAAUACACAAUGUAUGGAUCUGGAUGGCUCUUCAGAUGCAACUUGAAUUCAAGGAUGUUUGUGUGGAUUUGGUACCUUAUUUUGAUAUAGUGGGAACAUUUUGACAGAAGGUGAUUUUGACAUUUACUUUGGUAACUAUAAUGAUGAAGCAAACUUUGACAAGGUAUACUUUUGCAGUAUGGGCCUAAGAUUGUUCAUGAGUCAGGAGGAUUUUUGCAGAUAUGCUGGGCAUUAUGGUGAUAUUUCCAUCAAGGGUAUGUUCAAUCAAUUGAAUAGAGUGGGUAUGUGGUUUAAUCACUGAAACUGGGAGGUUAUUGGUGGAGUGUGCUUCCACCCUACAGUCAUGUUUCAAACUUGUGGACUAUUCUUGGCGGUUGUUCUCUGAGGGUUCAUUACAGGUACUGAAUUUGAAUAUUUUCUUUUGAUAUGUUUUUGUUUUGUUACAUAGCCUUGCUAAACUAUAACAGCUGCUAUUUUGCUUAAUAUCAUUCAUGCUUUAGCAGCAUAUGGUUCAUGGCCAUUUAGAAGGGGAAAAUGGGAAAACAAAAAGGUGUAGUGAAAAGGAAGGGUUAUUCUCGUAAA